UAUUCUCUUAAAGUCUAGGAUUUUUAUAUAGAUAUUUUAAACCAUAGUUUGGAAUUUUGCAACACUAAAACAAGCAUGCAAGAUUCCGCGGAAGAUUGUUUCAAAGAACCUCUUAACUUGUAACAAUCUUCUGUUACUUAAUGUCCAUAAUGUUACAAAAUAGAGACUAGAUAAUAAUAAUUCUUAAAUUGCAAUGGCUAUAGCUAUGGCUAUGGCACCUUCAAGUUCAAGAGUGAUUUCUCAACUUCUUUGUCUUCUUUUUACGCUUAUUUCUCAUACUACAGCUCAGCCAAGCUUCCUGUACCAUUUUUGCAUGAAUGAUAAAGGAAACUACACAGAAAACAGUGCCUACCACACCAACCUCAACACUCUUUUGUCCACUUUGUCUUCCAAUACACAAAUUGAUUAUGGCUUCUACAACUUCUCUCAGGGACAAGGCUCUGACAAAGUUAAUGCAAUUGGGAUGUGUAGAGGAGAUGUUAAGCCGGAAUCUUGCCGCAGUUGUCUCAAUGAUUCCAGAGUCCUUCUGAUGCAUCGUUGUCCGAAUCAGAAGGAGGCUAUAGGUUGGUAUGACAACUGCAUGUUGCGCUAUUCGAACCGGUCCAUAUUUGACACCAUGGAACCUGACCCUACCUACCUUCUGUGGGUUGGAAUCAAUGCAACUGAUAUGAAUCAGUUCAUUCAAGUGCUUAGGAACUUGCUGGAAAGCCUUAGAACCAAUGCUUCAUCAGGUGAUUCCCUUAAAAAGUAUGCUGCAGGAAGCGCGGCCGGACCAAGCUUCCAGACUAUAUUUGCUCUUCUGCAAUGCACACCUGAUUUAUCAGAGCAAGAAUGUGAUGAUUGCUUGGUCAGGGCCAUCUCAAAUAUUAAUGAUCGUUGUUAUGGCUUGACAAAGUGCAGAAUUGGAAAACCAAGCUGCAAUCUUAGAUUUGAUACUUCACCUUUCUAUGACUCUACAGCAGAUGCUUCUCCGUCUUCGCCAUCAAAAGAAUCUCCUCCUCCUCCAGUCACCAAUACUAAUGCCACUUCUACCAAAGGAAAGAGCAAUUCAACAGGUAUUGUCAUUGCAGUGGUAGUGCCGAUUUUCGUCGUUUUAGUACUGCUCAUCUCUGUUUGCAUCUUCAUAAGAGCAAGGAAGCGCAAGAGAAGUUUUCACGAUCACAAUGACACUGAAGUUGACAAUGAAAUUGAACCUAUUGAUUCAUUGCAAUUCAACUUUGACACCAUCAGAACGGCUACAAAUAACUUUUCAGAAGAAAAUAAGCUAGGACGAGGAGGAUUUGGACCUGUUUACAAGGGUAAGCUUUCUAAUGGAAGAGAAAUUGCAGUCAAAAGGCUGUCAAUGAAUUCAGGACAAGGAGAUACAGAAUUUAAGAAUGAAGUGCUGUUAGUGGCCAAGCUUCAGCACCGCAAUUUAGUUAGGCUACUUGGUUUUUGCUUGGAAAGAAAAGAAAGAUUACUGGUUUAUGAGUUUGUUCCUAAUAAAAGUCUUGAUUACUUCAUAUUUGAUCCAAUCAAACGCGCUCAUCUGGAUUGGGAAAAGAGAUACAAAAUCAUUGGAGGCAUUGCUAAAGGCCUUCUUUAUCUUCACGAGGAUUCGCGUCUGCGUAUUAUUCAUCGUGACCUUAAAGCAAGUAACAUCCUUUUAGACGAAGAAAUGAAUCCGAAAAUAUCAGAUUUUGGCAUGGCAAGAUUGUUUCUUGUGGAUCAAACUCAAGGGAACACAAAUAGAGUUGUUGGAACAUAUGGAUACAUGGCACCUGAGUAUAUAAUGCAAGGACAAUUCUCUGUGAAAUCAGAUGUCUUUAGUUUUGGCGUAAUGGUUCUAGAGAUAGUAAGUGGCCAGAAAAAUAGUGGCUUCCACAAGGGAGAGGAUGUGGAGGACCUAAUAAGCUUUGCAUGGAAAAAUUGGAGGGACGGAACAGCAUCAAACAUUAUAGAUCACACAAUGAAUAAUGGCUCAAGAAAUGAAAUACUGAGAUGUAUCCACAUUGGUUUACUGUGUGUUCAGGAAAAUUUAGCUGAUAGACCAAACAUGGCUUCUAUUGUGCUCAUGCUUAACAGCCAUUCUCUCACUCUUCCAGUGCCAUCAAAGCCUCCAUUUCUUGUGGACACCAGAGGUUUAUCAACUAUUCCAUCAUGGGAGUAUAGUUCAAGGGAAACUGAUUGAAGCACAGAAGAAACAAAUUGUAUAUGCUAAUGAAUUUAGUGAUUAAGGUCACAUUCUAGUGCACUUUAUGUACUGAUUUUUGUACAUGAAGUGUAACAAGUGGCAUUCUUUAUUAUUCAAUUUACAAGUAUGUACGAAGUUUAACUUCCAAAAACAAAUUGAUUGUUGCCUCAGAUUCCUAAGGCUCUUAACAAGUUGUAAUCCUACAUACACUGCUGAUGGUUUCAGUGGCUAAGAGAAGGGGGUUGAAUCUUAGUCCCCUUUUCGCUUGAUAACACCUGCUGACUUGUCAGAUUAAUUCUGAAAACUUUCAGUCUUUUUGUCUCCUUACUGCACACGAGACUUUUCUUAUUAUCUCGUCCCUAACUACGAGACUUUUCUUUUUGUCUCGUCACUUGGCACGAGAUAAUUUUAGUUUUUGCUCCUGAGUAGUAGAAACAGAAAUGGAGUAGAAAGGAGAGAAGAUUGCACCCAGAUAUAUCCUGGUUCAGCUGCUAAGUGCAGUGCAACCUACAUCCAGUCUCCAUCACAAACAUGAUGGAAUUUCAUUAUAAUCAAUCUGAUUACAACUUGUAAAGUGCUAACCCAACUUACAAGGGGAUUCCCACAGAAUCAUGAAACACAACAUAGAUGAACAAAGGAACUCUUAGACAUCUUAUGGCUUUUUCUUUUAAUUUUGCACUCUCUGCCUUUUUCCGCUCUAUAGCUUUUUCAUACAAACCUCACUGUUUGCCUUUUUUUCCAUGAGACUCAAGACAUG